AUAUCAAAUUUUGCAUCUCUUGGACUUUUUCAUACAUCUACAAAAUAUCUAGAUAUUUUUCUUAAGAACUUAUUAAUUCUCAUGUGCAAAACUUAAACAAUUUAAAAAUCACUUUUAGUUUGAAGACGAGGAUAAUCUCAACAAUGUCUAAACCAAGGCUGCAUGGGAAGGUGGCUCUCAUUACUGGAGCUGCCAGCGGCAUUGGUGAGGAGACGGCGAGGCUGUUUGCAGCCAACGGUGCUUUCGUUGUCGUAGCUGACAUCGAUGACGAAUUGGGCCAAAAAGUGGUAGACUCCAUCGGUGUCAAUCAAGCCAGCUUUCACCACUGCGACGUGAGAGAUGAGAAGCAAGUCGAAGAAACAGUGAACUACACCAUUGAAAAACACGGUAGGCUCGACAUUCUGUUUAGCAAUGCCGGGAUCAUAGGUUGUCUCACUUCUUCAAUUCUAACGCUUGACAUGUCCAAAUUUGACAACAUAAUGGCAACCAAUGUCCGUGGAAUGAUUGCAACAAUCAAGCACGCUGGACGAGUAAUGAUAGAGAGAAAGAUACGAGAGUAAAUCAUUUGCAUGGCAAGUGUGGCGUCGGUGAUUGUCGGGGCACCACUAGCGUACACAAGCUCAAAGCAUGCAUUGUUGGGGGUGAUGAGAUCAAGCUGCUUAGAGCUCGGGGUAUACGGGAUUAGGGUGAACUGCGUGUCGCCGUUUGGGGUGGCGACGCCCCUGACUUGUCGAAGUUUGAAUAUGGAAGAGAGUGAGGCUGAAGAGAUUUUUAGUUCAAAGGCAAGUUUGAAGGGUGAGGUGUUGAAGGCUAGGCAUAUAGCUGAGGUUGUUGCGUUUCUUGCAUCUGAUGAAUCAACUUAUAUAAGUGGACAAAACUUGGUCGUUGAUGGAGGCUUCACGGCCUUCAAAUCUAUAUUAUGUGAUGUUUCGUCCUUUUCAAGGUUUUAGAGUGUGCUUUACAUUGGAAUGCGUGAUAACAACAUUGAGACAUUUGGAUAGAUGUAUUGAGUACUUUUAUAUUUCUAAUAAUUUGUAUUAAAAAACGUGUUCUAUGGUAUUAUUGUUCCCACUUGUACCCCUUCCAUCUCGAAAUAAAAAAAAAAGACUUAUCUAGUUCA